GUGGAGAGAUCAAGAUCAAAACCGAAGCCACCGCAGCUGCAUUGGAGACCCAGAGCUCCGGGGAGCCACAGGAGGAAUCUCCGGUCCCUCGUCCUCGUCCAUCUCCUGAAGACGGCAGGUCGGCGGCCCGCACGAUGAGCGAACCGCUGCUCUAUCCCGAGCCCAGUCCGGUGUUCGUGGCCGGGAGGGAUGAGAUCACAGGCGAUGAAUAUGACGGUGUCCUCAGGGUGGAAAUGAGUUGCGGACAUGCCGUGGACCCCGGAACCUUAACAAGCUGGUGCAGGAGUCUAUUAGACCAGGGCCACACCACGUUCCACUGCCCGGCCGUUCGAGGUGUAAUGAAAUGUGGAGCUCAGUGGCCUUAUACAGAAGUUCGUCGUCACGCUUCACUGAGCGAGGAAGAACAAAACAGUUUCGAGCAAAAACUUGCCAUCACUGCCGCUCAGAAGUAUUGCGAUUUCAAACAGUGCCCCGGCUGCAAGAGCUUAGUGGAACGGAAAGACCUGACUAACCUGAGAGUACUGUGUAUCAUCUGCCAAGUCAAACGGGGGAAGCAGUUUGAAUUCUGCUGGCAGUGCCUAAAGCCGUGGACGGGAGCGGGGACUCCGUCCGACAAGUGCGCGGAUCCGGGAUGCCGGAAUGUAAAGGUGGACACCUUAGCUAAUUGUUCCCUGAAGGAUCUGCCGGGAAGUGAGAUCAAAAACUGCCCGUCCAUUCGGGCCUGUCCGACGUGCGGGCAGCUCAUCGAGCAUUCGGAGAAGUGCAAAUACAUCCUGUGCAAUCAGUGUCAGGUCGAGUUUUGCUUCGCUUGUCUCGAUUCGGCCGCCAACUGCCGAGCCCGCAAACCCGGAGCCUGGUUUAAAUACUGUGCUAAACCACUGGCUCCCCGGCAAACGAAAAUUCCCGUGUGGAGCCAAAGGAAGUAGCAGAAGUGCCGGUAAAUGACCUGGAGCCCAAGUCCCGGAGAUUAGAAAUCCAGCAGGCUUGCAGUUGGCCAGUGCAAUACGACAGGCAGAAGCUUGGCUUCAGGCAACCCGGGCGGUCAUUUGGAAAUUGUAGUGCGGUGCUCUGCUCGUAACAAGCGCUCGAGAAGUACGACGGAUUGAUAGAACUUGCACGACGCCGCCGUCUUUCUGCUAAAAAUCACAAUACUUAGAGCUUCAUUAUCCUUAGAUGAUAAUCAGUGGUGUUUAUAGUGUGCAGAGCGCUGUACUAAACACCCGGGAGAGUAUAAUAAAUCCGAGAGGGUAGAGGCGUACGACAAAUUUACAGUCUAGAGAGCACUGGAUAGGAGACUCUCGUGACAGAGGCUGCCUUGGGAGAUAACCAGAUGACAAGUGGGAAAGCCCAUAAGGGAUAGAUAAUUCAGGUGACGGUUAAUAAUAAUGUUGGCAUUUGUUAAGCGCUUACUACGUGCAGAACGCUGUUCUAAGCGCUGGGGGAGAUACAGGGUAAUCAGGUUGUCCCACGUGAGGCUCACGGUCUUAAUCGGUGAUCCGUGUUCAUCUUAGCUAUGGAGAGGUAGGUAGAUGAGUGAAAAUUAAGAGAUGGAUGAAAAUCCCUUUAGAAAUUGACUUUUUAAAAAUCCACCUUGUGGUCUGAAGUAUCCAGAACUAUUUAAAUAGAGCAAAUCAACCGGAUAAUUGCUCAAUUCCCCACUUCUCCCCCAUUAGGUAGUAAGCUCCCUAAACAUAGGAGUCGUGUCUACUUAUUCUUUAAUAUUCUCCCAAGUGAACGGUAGUUUUCAGGACAGAGUAAAUGGUCUAUAAAUAUUUUUGAUUGAUUGAGCGAUCAUUUCUACAAACUCCGCUGCAUGGCACUCUCCCAAGUACACAGUACAGUCCUCUAGAUUGUAAGUUCAUUGUGGGAGCCGGGAACAUGUCUACCAACUCUGUUUUACUGUACUCUCCCAAGCGCUCUGCACACAGUGAGUGCUAAAUAAAUGGGAUCGAUUGAUUCUCCGCACCCUGUGUGCGCAUAAUAAAUACCACUGAUUGAUUGCAUAUGGCUAUGUAUUCUCAGCAUGGAGUUCAAACAAACCAAUAAAGCAACUGGGGUAAAAAAAAAAGUCCCAGAUUUCUGCUUGGAAGCUGUUUCUCUGAAGAAGUCCAGGCACGCAGUGUCGAGGCCAAACGAAGCAUUCAUGAAAUCCCUCAUGUGCAGGCUGAAGGGGAUUGAGGAAGGAGAUUUCAGGUUGGGAGUUUUACCGCUUGUGAAGAAAGAGCUUUGGGGGUUGAUUCUGACAUGUUUUUAAAACACCAUCAACCAGAUAUUAAGAACUACAGCGUGAAGAUGGCACUAGGGACUGGGAAUGCCAGCUUUCCAUUCUGAGUGUAGGGACCAACUUGAGGUAGGGUGAUGGGUGGCGGGACACUGAAGAUCGGGCAUUGGGGCAGAACAUUGGAGGAUGAGGGGAGAAAAUGAUGGGGAGAAAGUGGGAAGUGGGAGGGUCAUGGAGAAGAGGGAGAGGAGGAGAAAGAAGGGGAAAGCAGGAGAGGGGCGAGGAAAAAAGGAGGAAAGGGAGUCACGCCUCCCUUCCCCGGCCCCCCACGUCACCCCCAUCUCAUCUAGGGGAUCCGUGGUUAGCAAGAUGAGGGUCACUGAGGCAACCUAUCACUAGGCUAUUUUAACGCCUGUCUUCCCUGGUGGACCGUAAGCUCCUUGUGGGCGGAGAUAGCGUCUUCCUCUUGGGUUGUAUUGUAGCCAAUCACAUUUACCGAGCGAUUAUUGUGUGCAGAGCACUGUAUUAAGCGCUUGGGAGAGCACAGUAUAACAAUAUAACAGACACGUUCCCCACCCAUUGUAUUUUUCCUCAGUACAGUGCUCUGGACAGAGCAAGGGUUGGUUGGACGGUCUCCAGGCCGCCGGCCUUUUCGCUUACCACAGCGGGAGAAAGGGCUGAGAGGAAUGCGAAGGGGAACUGGGCAGAGACAGAUGGGGGAGGGUCGCACGGCAACUCAGGAAAGCCCCACUGCUCACGCAGAUCCCUUUGGCCGGCUGUGAACGGGAGACCCCCUCGGGCGGGGGCAGGAGGACCCGCAGACCAUCGCCAUCACGUCGCUUGCUUUACCUCCGGCAGAGUACGUUUUGACAUCAUGGUGGCUUUUCAGUGUUUUGCAUUUCAUCUCCCAAUUCUGAAGCCUGGCAAUGGAGGUUGUGGUUUGUUUGUUUCGGUGAUGUGCAAAAUCUAAUCGAAUAAAAGCUCAGAAUGACUUGAUCAGGCAA